GAUCACUGUAUUUUAAUAUGAUAUUAAUGAUUAGUUUUUUCUGCACUCCUAUGCAUUUUACUUUAUAUAUCUAAAUACAAGACUCUGGAGUCCUUUGGCUUCUCCAGAUCAGAGGGGUCUGUGACAAAAAGAUUUUUCAGUUGUUCCUUUUAACGUAGAGCGCCAGGAGGUCGUGCUCCACAAUCUACCACGCAAAGGGCCAGAAGAGUUAUCUCGGGCAGUUACUUAUUAAUCACAGCUCCCAGUAGGGAAGGGGUGGGGGGCGUAUGCUCCAAGGGAAGGAGGCACCCCAAGUGGCCCCCUAUCCCGGAAACGCCUCGGGGGGGGCCCUGAGGUAUAUUCAGUUAGGUGCUAGGUGGUUGGACCCGGGGAGGGUGCAGGCCGAAGAAGGGGGCGCCACUCGACUGGGCCAGUACAGCAGAGACCUCCAUCUCCUUGGCGGUACGAAACCGCCAUCAACCGCUUAACCGCCGGCGGAGUUCGGCAGAGAGGAGGCGGGGCCUGCACACCCCCCCCCUUCCCGCCUCCCCUCUCCCUCUCGCGGUCCCCACUCAAGGGGCGAGCCUGGGUAGUCCCGGGCAGGCUCCGCCCCCUCGCGAGAGGCGGCGGUCAUUGGGCUGCGGGGCUUUUUUUGCGGUCGUCCUACUUGCGAGGAGAGGGCGGAGUCGGGGAGGAGGCCGCCUUCGGAAGGCGGGGGAGAUUGUGGAGCGCGGCCGGUCUGAGAGCGGAGCCGGGGGCGAGGACCCGGACGAAGCCGAAACCAGGGAGGGUUCCUUGAGCGCGUCGGUCCAGAGCGAAGCUUCCCGCUGCCGGAGAAGAACGGUCCCCGUAGACUCCUCUCCCUCCUUCCGGCCGCGGCUUCCUCUACGCCUCCCUCCUGCUCCUCCCCGCCCCCUAGUCCGGAGGAGGAGGACGGGGGCGGUGGUUGGAAGAAGAAGGAGGAGGAGGAGGCGGCGGGCGGAGAUCGUGCUCCCCCUUUUCCCUCGGUGGCGGCAGCGGCAGUAGCGGGGGCAGGACAAUGGAGGUGGCUGUGGAAAAAGCGGCCGUGGCGGCUGCGGCGGCGGCGGCGGCUGCGGCAGCGUCGGGGGCCCUGGCGGCCGCGGCCCCGAGUGGGGAGAAUGAGGCCGAGAGCCGGCAGGGCCCGGACUCGGAGCGCGGCGGGGAGGCGGCCCGCCUCAACCUGUUGGACACUUGCGCCGUCUGUCACCAGAACAUCCAGAGCCGGGUGCCCAAGCUGCUGCCUUGCCUUCACUCCUUCUGCCAGCGCUGCCUGCCCGCCCCCCAGCGCUACCUCAUGCUGCCCGCCCCGCUCUUGGGGGCCGCCGAGACGCCCCCCCCUGCUGCCACCGCCGCCGCCACCACCGCACCCCCUGGCUCCCCAAUCUCCGCCACCCCUCCAUACAGCACCCAAGUUGGAGUCAUUCGUUGUCCAGUUUGCAGCCAGGAAUGUGCAGAGAGACAUAUUAUAGAUAAUUUUUUUGUAAAAGAUACUACAGAGGUUCCCAGCAGCACGGUAGAAAAGUCUAAUCAGGUUUGCACAAGCUGUGAAGACAAUGCAGAAGCUAAUGGGUUUUGUGUAGAAUGUGUUGAAUGGCUUUGCAAGACUUGUAUUAGAGCUCAUCAGAGAGUAAAAUUCACAAAGGACCACACUGUCAGACAGAAAGAGGAAGUAUCUCCAGAAGCUGUUGGUGUAACCAGUCAGCGACCUGUAUUUUGCCCUUAUCAUAAAAAGGAGCAAUUGAAACUCUAUUGCGAGACCUGUGACAAACUAACAUGCCGAGAUUGCCAGUUAUUAGAACAUAAAGAACAUAGAUAUCAGUUUAUUGAAGAAGCUUUUCAGAAUCAAAAAGUGAUCAUAGAUACAUUGAUCACUAAACUAAUGGAAAAAACAAAAUACAUAAAGUUUACUGGAAAUCAGAUUCAAAACAGAAUAAUUGAAGUUAACCAAAAUCAAAAACAGGUGGAACAGGAUAUUAAAGUUGCUAUAUUUACUUUGAUGGUAGAAAUAAACAAAAAAGGGAAAGCUCUUCUGCAUCAGCUAGAGAGCCUUGCAAAGGACCACCGCAUGAAACUUAUGCAGCAACAACAGGAAGUGGCAGGACUUUCAAAACAGUUGGAACAUGUCAUGCAUUUCUCCAAAUGGGCAGUUUCAAGUGGCAGCAGCACAGCUCUACUCUAUAGCAAGCGCCUGAUUACAUAUCGAUUACGGCAUCUCCUUCGAGCCAGAUGCGAUGCUUCACCUGUGACCAAUAACACUAUUCAAUUUCACUGUGAUCCUAGCUUCUGGGCUCAAAAUAUUUUCAAUUUAGGUUCUUUAGUAAUCGAAGAUAAAGAGAGCCAGCCACAUAUGCCUAAGCAGAAUCCUGUGGUGGAACAGAAUUCACAGCCACCAGGUGGUUUAUCUUCAAACCAAUUAUCCAAGUUUCCAACACAGAUCAGCCUAGCUCAAUUACGACUCCAACACAUGCAGCAACAGGUAAUGGCUCAGAGACAGCAGGUGCAACGGAGGCCAGCACCUGUGGGGUUACCAAACCCUAGAAUGCAGGGGCCCAUCCAGCAGCCUUCCAUCUCUCAUCAGCCCCCUCCACGCUUGAUAAAUUUUCAGAAUCACAGCCCCAAGCCUAAUGGACCAGUUCUCCCUCCUCAUCCUCCCCAACUAAGAUAUCCUCCCAACCAGAAUAUACCACGGCAAGCAAUAAAACCCAAUCCACUACAGAUGGCAUUUUUGGCCCAGCAAGCUAUAAAACAGUGGCAGAUUAGCAGUGGACCAGCAUCAACUGUUCCUUCAACUGCCAGUAGUACUACAUCUACUCCUUCUAGCCCUACCAUUACUAGUGCAGCAGGAUAUGAUGCCAAAUCUUUUGGACCACCUAUGAUUGAUCUGAGUUCUCCAGUUGGGAGUUCCUAUAAUCUUCCUUCUCUUCCAGAUAUUGACUGUUCAAGUACUAUCAUGCUAGAAAAUCUUGUGAGGAAAGAUGCUAGUAUAGAACACAACCAACCAAGACCUCCUUCAAACAGAACAGUCCAAUCACCAAAUUCAUCUGUACCAUCUCCAGGCCUCCCAGGACCGGUAACUAUGACAAGUGUACAUCCACCAAUCCGCUCACCUAGUGCCUCCAGUGUUGGAAGUAGAGGAAGUUCUGGCUCUUCCAGCAAACCAACAGGAGCUGAUUCUACACACAAAGUCCCUGUGGUUAUGUUGGAACCAAUAAGAAUCAAGCAGGAAAAUAGUGGACCACAUGAGAAUUAUGAUUUUCCUAUUGUUGUGGUAAAGCAAGAAACAGAUGAAGAACCUAGAUCUCAAAAUACCAACUUUCCAAGAAGCAUACUUACCUCGUUGCUCUUGGAUAGUAAUCAUAACACCACAUCUGAGGAAACUGUUUUAAGAACAGAUGCUCCAGAUAGCACAGGAGAUAGACCAGGACUUCAAGCAAGUCCUUCAAAUGGAAAGUCUGGAUGGGGAGGCACCUCACAGAAGUCACCACUUCAUGCUGGAGAAAGUAGAAAAGAAGAUGACCCCAAUGAAGAUUGGUGUGCAGUGUGUCAGAACGGAGGAGAACUCCUUUGCUGUGAGAAAUGUCCUAAAGUCUUCCAUCUUACCUGUCAUGUGCCUACAUUGAUGAAUUUCCCAAGUGGAGAAUGGAUUUGUACUUUUUGUCGAGACUUGUCUAAACCAGAAGUUGAAUAUGAUUGCGAUGAUCCCAGUUACAGCUCAGAAAAACGAAAAUCUGAAGGACAUGGGAGACUAACACCAAUAGAUCAAAGGAAGUGUGAAAGACUACUUUUGUUCCUUUACUGCCAUGAAAUGAGCUUGGCUUUUCAAGAUCCCGUUCCUUCUACAGUGCCUGAUUAUUACAAAAUAAUUAAAAAGCCUAUGGACUUAUCUACCAUCAAGAAGAAACUCCAAGUGGAUUCCCCAGUGUACACAAAGCCUGAAGAUUUUGUGGCUGAUUUCCGACUGAUUUUUGAAAAUUGUGCUGAAUUUAAUGAGCCCGAUUCUGAAGUAGCAAGUGCUGGUAUAAAACUUGAAAGUUAUUUUGAAGACCUUCUGAAAAACCUUUAUCCUGAGAAAAAAUUUCCAAAGCAGGAAUUCAAGAAUGAAACAGAGGAUACCAUAUUUAGUGAUGAUUCAGAUGAUGACUUUGUACAGCCACGGAAAAAGCGUCUCAAAAGCAUUGAUGACCGCCAACUGUUUAAAUAAGUGGCACAGUAGCAAGGACUGGUUUGAACUUUUUUUUUUUAAGCCUUUUUAUUAGUGAUUAACAUAAUUACAAGGAAAAGUCCAUGACCACUCUGACUUUUAGGUUUGUGGAUGUGUAAUAGAUGUUGAUUUCCUUAAUAUCCCAUUUCUCUCUCUCACACACACCCUAUCCCCAUUAACUAAAGGAAAAAAGCAUCAUUGAAGAUCGAGACAGACCUUCCCCCUUCUCAGAAAUUACAAAACGGCAUCUGAAAGAGUAGCUGCAUGACUAUUCUAAAGAAGGGAGAAAGGCUUUAUUUAGACUUAAUGUUGAAAACUUAAAUAUGGUUUCAACGUGUGAAUUAAUCCAUUUUCAGAAAAUGUGAUACCACUACCCAUUAUUCUUACCAAAGGCACGUGGCUGACUAUAAGUUUAUUCUACUGUACUUAACAGUAUGCCACGAAGAUGAUAUUAUUAAAUGUCCUAGGAUAAUGAUUGGUGCGAUUGAAGUAUAGGUAGAUGCUACUAAGGAAGUACCUGAUGGUCUGUCAUGUAAUAUGGAGAGUGUAUUAAAGAAAAAUCAGGAAAACAAAUGCUUGGAUCUAUUUUUUGGCUUGUCUGUGAAGAUGUUUUUAUGUAUCAGGUGUGUUUAGGCCACUAGCCAUUCAUUUCUGGAACUAGAGUCUUCUUUAUUAUUGCCUCUGACAGAGGAAGUGCAGGUGUGACUUGUUUUUUACUCUUGAUAAAAGCCCUCAUUCAUUAUCACAUGGCUUUGGAUUGAAUUCUUUGAAAUACAGUCAUUUGCACUGUAUGUGAUAUGAAGUUGCUUCACCAUACACCUUUGGGCAUUAAUGAACUUUUAAAAAAAAGAAUAUGUAGUUUCUGUGGUUAUCACUGUCUCGUGUUGUUUAGAAUGAAACUGUGUUUUGGAGUAAAAAUAUUUUAUGGAAUUUUUGUUAGAUGUUCUCUGGAGCAUUUGCUGUUCCCUACCUUGGUUUUAAUAGUGUCAGAUCUCAAUAAUGUCAUCUUAAACACUUCUUUGUGGUUGAACUUUGAUUAGAUUUCAUAUCCCAUCAGACCUGAAAGAAACAAAAAGUUCUCCCUCCUGAUUUUGUAUUGGGCCAGGCUUAAGACUGCCCAGAUUUUACUCCUAUUUGUUCAUUGUUUUCAAGGUUGAGGCAAAUAAUUAAAGGGAAAAAAAUGUAGAUUAGAAAAGAAGGAAUAAAAUAGCCUAGCUGUAAUUUUCUAAUAUAUCUGAUGUUGUUUUUUUCUAUGCUGAUAGGACUUGAGUGAAAUUUUCUUUUGUUGAAGUGGUAUAACACCACAGCUGAACUUAUUUAGAAGAAUUCUUAUAGCUUAUGCCACCAGUCAAGGAUAAAAACCUGGCACAGGCACUAUAAAAACAUCCUAUUUGAUGAUAUUCUGAAGCUAAUUAGUUGGGUUUUAAGGUGCAGCUGAGGAUGACACAAAGAGUAGAUUAACCACAAGCAAUAGCUUCAUUUCCUGUUUCCUCUAUUCAGAGAUAGUUCUUGCUCCUAAAAUAUUAAUACUCCUUUUCAUGUCAUUUUGUGUAGGAUCUUUUAGAGGUCUUAAACCUGGAUCAUAGACUUAAGAAAGCAACUAUUAUGAGGUGUUUAUCGUGGUUUUGAGUAUAUUUGUGGACAAAUUGAGAAAAGCUAUCAUUUAUAGUUGACUUUUUUCAGCAGUCUUAGUCUAGGAAUGAAAUGGCAUUAUUAGCACAAAAACUAUUGACCCGUUUGUAAGUGUUUUGUCUGUUGGGCUACUAUUCUUGUCACAACUUGUACCCUAUAGACCUUCCCUACUCAUCCCUUGGGUUGGAAUAGAGCAACAUAGCUAGACUGCUGUAAGGAGGGCAACCAAAGGGAUAUGAAGCUUGAGCGGGGGGAGAAUGUAAUUUUCCAAAUAAAACUGAGCCAGAAUUCCUGCAAGCAUGUACAUACAUACCUCUUACUGUGGUAUUCAGUGCCAUAUCAUUUUUUUUUUCAGUGCAAACUGUCAGGUUACCUGCUUUACCUCUGCUAUAUUUAAGCAUUUGAGAGAGAGAAAGAGAGAGAGAAAGAGAGAGAGAGAGAGAGAGAGAGAGAAAGCUCAUGUUCCUAUGGUUAAAGUGCUUUCCUCAGAAUAGUAGGUAGUCUUAAGUGUUAUUACUCCAAUUUUACAGAUGAUGAAACUGAAGCUGAAAGAAGUUAAUUUCUCCAAGGUUAUGUGGCUAGUAAAUGUUCAAACUGCAACUUAAAACUGGAUCUUCUGAUCCAGUCUUUCCACUAUAUCACACUGCCUCUGAGUAUAUUUCAUAUUAAGCCACCUAGAACAUUGAUUGUUUCAGUAUCAUUGUGUGAGAUCAUCUCUGCAAUUUCUGUAGCAUUUCUAAAUGCCCUACAUAUCUUAAUUCAAUUAAGCAUACAAGCACCUGCUAUGUGCUUGGGACUCGGGUUACAAAGUUAUAGUGAUACAGUCCUUAAAUUACCUCGUAUUGCUUGCUACCUUAUUAACAAGUUCCCCUGGUGCCUGGCUGUAUCCUAGUCAUAAUGUUCUUGUAUCCUUUUGGCAGAGGACAUUAAGAGGGCCCUAGUCUUGCCACAUCCCUAGGAUGAAGAAAGGGCUGUAAAAAGUGUUCAUUGUGACUCAGGCUUCCCUGACCUAAACUUGUGAACUCCAGCUUCUACUUCUGUCUUGGAAACCCAGCAAAGUUUCUCUUUGGAUUUAGUUGCAGGAGUCAGAGAUGCAAGUCUCAGAACUCAGUAGCCCUGUUUAUAAACUCUAUGCUACCUUAUCCCUAGUAUCAAAGUUCUGGAAGACAGUAAAAAUAGGCUGGCCCAACCUCAUGAACCCCAAGUACUACAGAGGGGCUAGGAUCACGCAUUCUUACUCACACAUACACACACACACACACACACACACACCAACAACAACAACCCUUUCCUUAUAGGGAUGGGCUGUUCAACUUUGUAGCAGGGGAAGCCAGGUAUACAAAGCAGUGACUUACUGAUCAGACCACUUGGUCUAGUAUUCACAAGCUAUUUUCAGAAUUUUCAUAAUGCAGCAGACCUUUAAAUUACAGUAAUUUAUAUUACUGGAUUUAAACUACUUCAGAUCAGUAUUUGGUAAUGAAAUAAUCUUUAAAAAUUGGAUUGCAUUCUAUUUAUUUCUUUUCAUUAAUUGGGAAUUAGACCAUCCUUUAGAUCAUUUCUGAAGGGAGCAAGGGUUGCUAGUUUAUAGACUUAACUAACUAAAUGCCAAGAAACAAACUUAAUAGGCUUCUCCCCUUGCUUUAUAAUGGUACCCUCUUUUAACCUAAUGACUGUGUGAUGGUUGUACAACAGAAGUAGUGUAACCUAUGAAUACUUUCAAAACAGUAUGAGGUCCCCACAGUCAAAAAGCUAAGUAUUAGUUAUUCUGAUAAUGAAUUUUGCAUUUCAGAGUCUUGGGCUACAAGAAAGCUUGAACUUUCAAGUCAAAAAUCACAUGAUGAAGCUAGUGGGACAGGAAAGUAAAGUAAGGGUCUUCUGUUUUCUAGGGCCUAGUCUACCAAUUAAUAUGAAUUCAGAAAAAAAUAAGUUGCUGCAUGUGAUCAAAAGGUUAUUGGUUGAAAUUGAAGAUUUAUUCAUUUCCUGUAUGUGUCCUGCAUUCAUUAUAAAUGAGAGAAAUAGAGUGAUCUGAUUGGCUGUUGGAAUUACAAGCAUCACCAUGAGUUCAACCACCCAAUUCCUACUUAAAAUUUAACCCCUUUAAAAUAGCCAUGUAAAUAUUUUUUAAGCAUUUUAUAACAUUGUGUAAAUUUAUAUUUAAUGUCUUUUUACAAACUGAUUGCACCUAGCUUUCAUCUUUAUAACACUGGGUGUGAAAUUAAUAGGCCAUAAUUCACAUACUGGUGGAUCUUGUUCCUGAAUAAUGCUAGCCAAUCAGAUUACAGAUUUCUUUCUUCAUGGAGGAAUCACUUUAUUGUGAAGGACAUCUGAUGCAGUAGUCUUUGUUACUGUUAUGUAUGGAAUGUUUUGUUUUUGGCAGACUGUGGUGCUUUGAUUUUAAUAAAAUAAACUUGAAUGAA